AUGGCCCAGCCGAAGACUGCAUCGUCCUGGGCGAACCUCCUCAAGCAUCCCUUUGUCAGCACCUUCACCUUCGUCUACCUGGUCUUCCAGGCCGUCAUCAACUGGAUCUUUGCGCCAUCGCCGCCUCCCUCGGCCUCUUCUCUUCGCGGGCUGCCCAGAAAACGGAUAGCUGUUAUCGGCGCUGGGCUGACCGGGGUGUCCGCGGCCGCUCACUGUGUAGGCCAUGGCUUCCACGUCCAGAUAUUCGAAGCGCGAUCCAAGGAUAAAGGACUCGGGGGGAUCUGGAGUAGAGUAAAUUCUACCUCGUCGUUGCAGAUUCACAGCGUCAUGUACCGAUUCCAUCCUUCGGUAAGGUUUGACACGGCGUAUCCCACGCAGGAGCAGAUUCGCGAGCAAAUCGUCCAAGUCUGGAGACGCUAUGGCCUGGAGAAACACACGCUAUUCGACACCCCCGUAGCCUCCGUGAAGAAGACCGAUGCAGGCACCUGGAUCAUCAACGACGACGAAGAGAGACACGGCCAGUUCGAUGGCGUCGUUGCUGCAGUAGGCGUCUGCGGGGAUUUGCGAAUGCCCCCUCUGCCCGACCAGAGCCGGUUCAAGGGUGGUAUUUACCAUUCGUCCGAUCUCGACGGCAAGGGGAUCAAGGGUAAGAGAGUGUUGGUAGUUGGUGGUGGUGCCAGCGCCAUCGAAGCCCUCGAGUAUGCUGUCAACGGAGGAGCCUCUAAAAUCGACGUGCUGUCGCGGUCUGAUAAAUGGAUCAUUCCUCGCAAUGUCCUCGUCCAGUCGCUGCUGGCAAUGAACAUCUUUGGCAUGCAGACGUAUCUCACCUGGAUCCCCGAAUGGCUCCUGCGCAAGUUCUUCUAUCGCGACCUGCAGGACAUUGCGCCGUCUGGAGGCCUCUAUACCACAACCCCUAUGGCCAACUCGGAUCUUUUCGACAAAAUACGCGAAGGAAAGGCGAACUGGUUUCGCGGCGACAUCCUCUCUGUCCGGGAAGACGGUAUCCUCUUCAACCACCGAGCGCGAGGCGUGCCCAAGGGAGGGCCCGGCCAUGAAUCCAUCGUCCCAGGCGAUGUGAUUGUCAUGGCAACCGGAUUCCGACGCCCUUCACUCUCCUUCCUGCCGGACGAUGCAUUCGAACCGAGCUACAGUCCUCCCAACUGGUACCUCCAAGUCUUCCCACCCAAGUACCCCGACCUCUGCGCGAACAACAGCACGUAUGUGAAUGCUAUUGGGACAGUCGGUAACACGCAUAUCGGAAUCUACACGCGCUUUCUGCUCAUGUUCCUGACCGAUCCCCUGACGCGGCCGGGCGAGGGACAGAUGAAGACUUGGAUCGACUUCACCCGCUUCGUGAAACAGUUCUCUCCGACGGGUGCCUUUGACUUCUUCACCUAUUCUGAGUUGAUCUUCUGGUUUGUGUUUUUGAUCCUCAUUAGACCGUUCCGGUGGAAGUGGGCUCUCUUUGUUCUUUUCGGUGUCGGACGCUCUUUGCCUUUGCAGGUGGUCAAGGGGGAAGAGUCGUUCCGCAACGAGCUGAAGAAGCAGCACUAA